UCACAACAUAAACACAGCCUAUCAGAUGGAUUCUGCCUAUUUUUCCAUGAGCUCAGCUUGCUUGCAGCAAUCAGGAUCUCAGGGCAGCUCUCCCUGCUGAGCUCUUCCUCACUCCCCAUCCUUCACCAAAAGUUGGCUGCAGCUGUUUGUGGACAUCCAUGUGCUGACUUCUCCAGGGAAUAUCUUCUGUCUGGGACCACAAUGAUUGGCUCCGAAGAAAUCCAUCAGUUUGGCUUCAUUGUGGAUACUAUCUCCAGGAGCCAGGCUGUGAUUAGAAAUAUUGAGCGAGAGCUGAUGUGUCCAUCCUGCAAGGAGCUGUACACCCAUCCCUUGAUUUUACCAUGUCAGCACAGCAUCUGUCACAAGUGUGUAAAGGAGCUCCUCUUCCUGACUAUGGAAGAUUCCACCGAUGUCAGUUCAGAAGUGUCCUCACCAGGAAGUCCACGUGGUCGGAUACAGUCACCUAGUGUGGAAAGGCUCGACCGAAUUCUCAGAUCAGCCACGCAUCAUCGGAGCUAUUUUAUAAUGAGAAGCAGAGGUUCUAAACGCAAUUCGCUGACUCCCAAGAUCACAACUCUAUCAUGUCCUGGAUGUUUGCACGAUGUGGACCUCGGAGAGCGCGGGAUCCAUGGGCUCUUUAGGAACUUUACCUUGGAGACUAUUGUAGAACGCUAUCGGCAGGCAGCUCGUGCUGCCACUGCGAUCAUGUGUGAUCUUUGUAAACCUCCAAUUCAAGAGUCCACCAAAAGCUGCCUGGAUUGCAGUGCUAGCUAUUGUAAUGAGUGCUUUAAAAUUCACCAUCCCUGGGGAACAGUCAAAGCUCAGCAUGAGUAUGUUGGACCUACAACAAACUUCAGACCAAAGGUGCUUAUGUGUCCAGAACACGAGUCCGAAAAGGUGAACAUGUACUGUGAGAUCUGCAGGAGGCCCGUGUGUCACUUGUGUAAACUUGCAGGUUCACAUGCUAACCACCGAGUGACAACCAUGAGCAAUGCCUACAAAACAUUGAAGGAAAAACUUACAAAAGGUAUCAGCUAUCUUAUCAGCAAAGAAAGCCAAGUUCAGACCCAAAUUUCUGAACUGCAGAUCCUGAUAAAGCGCACUGAGAGCAAUGGAGAGCGAGCUUUAGAGGAAGCAACAUACAACUUUGAAAAGCUAUAUAAUAUUUUAGAAGAGAGGAAAACAUUUGUGCUAAGAUCUAUACAGGAUUGCCAGGCUACUCGACUAGAAAGGCUGCAGAACCAAAUGGAGGAAUACCAGGGUCUACUGGAGAAUAACGGGCUUGUGGGCUAUGCACAGGAAGUGUUAAAAGAAACUGACCACUCAUGUUUUGUUCAGACUGCAAAGCAGCUGUAUACAAGGAUUCAGAAGGCAUCAGAAUCUCUGAAAACUUUUCAACCAGCUGCAGAUGCCUGCUUUGAAGAUUAUUUGGUUGAUGUUUCCAAGGAAGAAAAUCUGCUUGGUGACUUGUCAUUUAAUAAAGCUCUGGAGAUGCCUGAAAUUAACGAAAAAGAAAGUAAGAUCUACAACAGUGCUAAAAUUUGUUGGAGGAGGCCUAAUGACUCGGGUCUUGCAGACAGUUACAUUCUUGAAUACAGAAAGCUUGACAAAAAUGAAGAUCCAAUGUGGAAUGAAGUGGAAACAACCAGUACCAACAAAGUCCUGUCUGAUCUGGAUCUGAACAGUUCCUACUGCUUUAGAGUGCAGGGACACAAGGGGUCCGUGUGUAGUCCCCACAGCAAGGAGGUCAUACUAAGGACGCCCCCUGCACCAGUGUUUAGUUUCUUUUUUGAUGACAAGUGUGGGUACAACAAAGAACAUCUCCUGUUAAAUGACAGAAGGGACACUGUGGAAAGCUUAGCUGGCCUUCCUCUGCUACUUGGAGCAGAGCGAGUACAAGUGGGCUGCUAUAUGUGCCUGGAUUAUAUCAUUGCUGAUGUUGGCAUAACUAAGGGAAAGUACUUCUGGGCCUUCUCUGUAGAGCCUUAUUCAUACAUGGUCAAAGUCGGCGUGGCAUCGGACAUCAAAUUGCAAGAAUGGCUGCACAAUCCUCGUGACAUCAGCAGCCCAAGGUAUGAUCAAGACAGCGGCCAUGACAGUGGCAGUGAAGAUGUUGCCUUUGAUGCAUCUCAACCAUUUACCUUGGCAACUAUAGGAAUGAAGAAGUUUGUUAUCCCAAAGGCCUCUAAUGUUUCAACGGCUUAUAAUGAACGCACCAUACCCCUUCCUAGCCGAAUCGGGGUUUGCUUGGACUAUGAUAAAGGAAAAGUUGGCUUUUAUGAUGCAGACACCAUGAAAUGCCUUUAUGAGAGGGACGUUGACUGCAUCGGAACAAUGUAUCCUGCUUUUGCCUUGAUGGGAGGUGGAGUCAUUCGUUUGGAGGAGGUCAUGUCUGCGAAGCAACUGGACUAUUCUCAAGAAAUGUAGUAUAGAAAUAUUUAAAUUGAUCAGAUGCUUUUUUUGAAUGUCAAUGUUUUGUUUGCACUGGUCUGUUUCUUUUAAAUGUAGUCCCACUGUCUGACUCCUGCCUGGUGACGGUAGUCUUUUGGGCAGGAUUGCGUGUUUGUCUAGGCUUUCAAACAACCGACUGUAAAGGGCUAUUGUAAAACUUUUAGAUUUACAGUGAAAUGUCAGCUUGUUUUAACUUUGGACAUCACAUGCAUCUUUUUGAAUUAUCAUGAAUAUCCUUUUAACAGAAUUCAUCAUAUUUAAGCGGUUUUUAUUUGUAGUCAGUAACAUUUGUUAUGCUGAUUUACAGUGCUCACCAUGCGCCGUAUUCAUUAAUUUAGUAGAAACUUGCAGGGUAAUUGGUUUUAAAGUAAACCUAAUGUCUCAUUGAUUCUUCCCUCGCUCCAUGAUGCCCUAAGCCUUCAUGUUACUCUUGGACCACCACUCCUGGCUCUGUUGGGUUGUAGGUGUUAGACUGGAGAUGCUUUUGCACGUGUUUUGGCACGUCUGCAGUUUUGUUGACUGUGGCUUGAGGUUCACUUCCAGCACCUGCAGUUGAGCUACAUCUGGAUUGGUGGUUAAGUAGAUAAACGUUUUACAGCCAUAUUCAGUUGGGGCAACAUGGUGGGACAUGUGAAAUAAAUGCAAGAUUUUAAGCCCUCUUUACGUCUAUUCACUAAUGAAGAGUAUAAGGUGAAAUAAAUAUGUAUGUAUAUUUAUGUUUUUCACUUUCUAGUUCACUUUUUUAUUUUUAUUAAUGCUGUUCUCCCUUUAAACACACUAACACUGUCUUUAUGUUUUGUUUUUCUGUGUUAUUUUUAUGUUGUGUGAUCAACCUUUCAGCCUUAUUCGCAGUAGUACAAUAUAACCAAAAACACUGGGCACAAAAAUGUUACACAAUGGGUAAAGGUACAUGAAAUAGGUUUACGUAUUUUUAAGGAAAACGGUAGUACUGUAUGAAUCAAUGGGAGUUUUGGGAUUGUAACUACAGAAUGUAAAGUGUGUUGUGGGAACUUUUUUUUUUUUCUUUAAGAAUUUUAUUUUGGGAAUAAGUACCAAACGUCUUCUAGGCCUCUCUUCCCAUGGUGCCUCCGUAUCUUGGAAAUGAAGCUCUGCUGGUAGCGACUAAUCUGAUUUCAGGUGCUAGCAUACAUUGACAAAUGACAACUGGAAAUUUUAGUUAAGGGGUGACCCUUUUCCUUUAUGGAGUAAUCCAGCCAGUAGUAACACUACAUUCCUGAAGUAAAAUCUUAUGUCCUUUUUGCUAGCUUAGAUGUAGGCACAAUUUAAAAAUAUAUAACACUAAAUGUUUCAUUCACACUUUCACUUUACAAAGCGCAUUUGUAUGUGUUUUGUGGCACUGAUUCACUCACAACAUAACACUGCUUUUUAGUGACUUUUUUUUUUUCAUAUAUAUAGGUUUAUGGGUACUUGUAAUUUAUACAUUUGCUUUAUUGCAAGCUGAGCUGUGAAGGAUGUAGGCACGUGACACGCAGUUCAGAUAGUGUGAUGUCUAUUAUACAGAACAGACUUGGCACAUGGUAUGACUUUUUAUGCAUUACUGAGGGGACGUAGCUGUGAUCCUUGGUUAUUUGGCACUUUAUAGCAUAGACUGCUGCAUACUAUGCAACGUUAUAAUAUUGUACAAUUACGCUGCUAAACUGUAACUAAUGGGUACUACUGUUAUGGAAUAUACAUUAUGCAAAUCUUGAAUCUCCUAAGUCUUUUACUGUUGAGGCAUUUCAGAGUAAAAAUACUAAGUGUUGAUGUGUUUUUAUUUGUAUAAAGUAAUAAAAUUUCAUUUUA